AUGGACAACGAGGGAACCUACCAAUUGCCUAGCUUGUUAUACCACGAAUGCAACCAGCUCGUGCGUGACAAUUUAUUCUUGCUGGAAGCACCGGGUGUCGAUAUGAGAUGUUGUUGCGAGGAGCUGUUCAAAUUAUUGAAAAUCGAAAAAAACCAAGAGGCAGGAAACGAUAGGGAAACCAUGUUCCGCAGGUCGCUGCGGUUCGCCGUCAGCGACGAGAAGGAGGCGGGAAUCGAUAGGGAAACCAUGUUCCCCAAGUCGUGGUGGUUCGACAACGAGAAGGUUAAAAACAUAUGCCGGGAGGCAGCGUCUUACGGCCACAUCAAUUGCCUGAAACUCGCGCACGAGAUCGGCGUUCCCUGGGACGAUGUUUCCGUGGAGUAUGGUGAGAAUGUAUGUGCCGUAGCUGCGAGUUCGGGGUCUCUGGAAUGUCUAAGGUACGCCCGGGAAAAAGGAUGCCCUUGGAACCAGCGGACGUGUGACAUGGCUGCAGAUAACGGACACUUGGAAUGUCUGAUGUACGCCCGGGAAAACGGUCGCCCUUGGAACAAGAUGACGUGCAGCUACGCCACGUUAAACGGACACUUGGAAUGCCCCAUGUACGCCCGGCAAAACGAGUGCCCGUCGAACACCGACACUUGCGUAUUCGCCGCCUGGAAAGGUCACAAGGAAUGCCUAGUGUACACUCGGGAAAGCGGGUGCCCUUACGACGAGUGGAAGUGCCGCGAUGCCACGGAGAACAGUCAUAAGGACUUCUUGUGUGGUGAACGGAAUACUGGUUUUCGUAGAACGAUUAUGUUGAAUUGA